GAAAACUGUUAAAUACAUAGCAACCUCACAUCGACGAUAGAACUGAAAAUAGCACGUACGGAAAUAGAUCCGUUCUAACAAACUUUUUGGCUUCUCUAUGCCAGUAGCAUUCAGUGUCGUCGACCGACACGGUGUCGUCAUUUAUAAGAAUUAUAUUACAUGUGAUCGUUUUCUGAAUUUAUUCAACAUGGCGAACGAUUACGAACAUGAAAUUAGUAAUUAUUUUCGGUCGAAUUUAUUGUCAGUAAGAAAUGCCAUAUCUCAAAAGGAUUUUAAAAUAUUCGAUGGUCUUCGAUCGAACGCCGAUAGGGUCGCUUUUAUAUUGAGUUAUCCCGAGGCUCAUCGUUUGUCCUUCGAAGUUGAAAAUCUCGAAAUAAAAAACAACGAAAAGUCUUUGAGUUUUAAGAAUACCGGUAACAAGUUCUUCGGGCAAGGAGAAUAUCCAAAGGCUUUGAAGGCCUACUCGAAUGCUGUCCUAUUGGCACCACAAAAUGAUCUCUCAGUAAUUCUUGCGAAUCGUUCGGCUGCACUUUAUCAUAUGGGACAACAUGAGCAUUCAUUGAAUGAUAUAGAGGAAGCGAUUCGACUUAAUUAUCCUGAAGAAUUACGAUAUAAGAUCGAGGAAAGACGAGCCAGAUGUUAUUUGGCAUUAAAAAUGAAUGCAAAGGCGAUCGAUUAUUUUAGAAUUGCGUUAAAAUCAUUAGAUCGUGCGAAGAUAACGGCCGAACGAAAAAAUAAAUUAGAAACCGACAUUAGAGUGAUGUUGACGUUAAUGGAAAAAGGUGAAAGAUUUAACGCGAAAGCUAAGAAACUUUCGGGUAACGUUAAAGAAUCGACAAGUGUGGCAAAUUUUAUGCCAAAAAUCGAUAUACGUAAUCCACUUUAUCCAGCCUGUAGCAAUGCAGUUAAAAUAAUAGAUGAUGGUAAUGACAUUGGUAGACAUGCUGUUGCUACAAGAAACAUUUCACCUGGUGAAUUUCUUAUAAUAGAACGACCACAUUGCGCUCUCUUAUUGGCAGAAUACAGAUUGAAUCAUUGUCACUUGUGUUUCACGAGAAUAUUCGUUCCCAUGCCGGCAGCCUGCAAUAUCUGCAGUUGCAUAGCUUACUGCAGCACUCGUUGUAGGGACAAAGACGCCGAAGUGCAUCUACGCGAAUGCAAUUUAUUGCCGCCUUUAUGGCUAUCCAAAGCUUCGAUCACGUGUUUUCUAGCACUGAGAGCUUUACUUCAAAGACCGUUCGUCGAGUUCGUCGAAAUGAAAGAACGUUUGACGUUUAACAAGGAGAAACGUGAUAUAAGUGAAAAAAGGCCAUAUAACGGAGAUGAUUACGAAUCAUUUUAUGAUUUAGUAACCCAUGAAGAUGAACGUUCAAACGAGGAUAUAUUUCACCGAGCUUACAUAGCCGCUUGGUUGUUGAGACUAAUGAAAACAACAACUUACUUAUCAGACAAGGAUAAAACACCUGAUUCAGCCGAGAGCAAUCUCUCUAAAGCGGAAUUACUUGUGGCCGAAUUACUAUUACAUCAUUUACAAUUGUUGCAAUUUAAUUCGCACGAGAUCUCAGAAUUGACCAGACCAACGAAAGAUACGACACUCGCACGCGCUAAAAGCAUUUUUAUCGGUGGUGGUGUUUAUCCAACGGUAGCAUUGCUCAAUCAUUCGUGCAAUCCCGGUGUAGUGAGAUAUUUCAUUGGUACGACUAUCGUUGUUAGAGCCAUACGAACGAUUGAGAAAGGUGAGGAGAUAUCUGAAAAUUAUGGUCCUAUAUUUACUGCAAUGCCGGAAAAUGAAAGAAAACGAAAUUUGAGAGUACAAUACUGGUUCGAUUGCAAAUGCGAAGCGUGCACGAAUCAUUGGCCUAUGUUGGAUGAAAUAGAUCCUACGAUACUCAGGUUUAAAUGUGACACUGGAAAAUCUUGCGGGAACAUUUUACCAAUUAAAACCGAUACGAACGAGUUUAUGAUUAAUUGUCCAAAAUGUGGGAAAGGUACGAACCUAUUGAAGGGUCUGAAGGCGUUGCAGGAUACAGACAUGUUAUUUAAAAUGGCGUCGCGUCAUCUAGAAUGCGGAGAGUAUGAGCAAGCUCUUCGAACGUAUUUGAAGAUCUUGAUACUUCUUGAUGAAACAUUGUCCUUACCGAUCAGAGACUACCAUUUGUGUCAGCAGGGUGUUAGACUGUGUAUGUUAGCGUUGGGUAACAUCACUACGACAUGAGAUACGCAAAACAGAUCUUUUAUAAACUGAAAUAUUAAUAAAAUAUAAAUGAACCGUCAUCGUCAUCGUCAUCAAUGUCGUUUCCAUUAUCAUCGCGACCCUUCUUUCUCUACCCCCUUUCCUUUCACACUUCCUUGCCCCUCCCUUUUUAUCACCACCACCACUAUCAUCAUCAUCAUCAUCAUCAUUAUUACCAAAUACAUUACGAGUUAGAUCAUACAGAUUUUAUUUUUAAGGCUUACAUUGUAGGAGUACAAAAUAAGUAAAUAUAACAUAAAACAGCUCUUUCUUUUUUUUUUUUCCUUUUAUCAUCACCCUUGUAUUUAACACGACGGUACGAUUUAUUUUACGAUUAUCUUCUCACGUUGAAAUCUAUCUAUGUAUUAUCUUUUCUCUCUCUCUCUCUAUCUCUCUCUCUCUCUCUUCCUCUUUUCCCGGUUCGGUUGAUUAAACGCAUAAUGAAAACGUUCGUCUUUGUUUGUUUGUUUUUUUUUUUCGUUUUUAGUUUUCUUUUCUUUUUUUUUCUCUCUUUUUUCUUUUUUCCUUUUUUUAUUUUAAAUUCUUUUAUUAUUAAUUACUUCUUAUUAUAAUUAUCCUUAACAGCGAUUUUCAUAUGUCCCAUUUUUCACUUAUACACUUAAAGAAAUUCAGCCAACACACGUUCAAGGGUUGUGUUUUGCGCCCAGUCAUUUACAUUAGUGUGAGUUUAUUUUUGUGUAGUGUCGAGCACUGCGUAUCCGUGUUAGUUAUUCCUAACUACUUGUCACUGUGUUUAUUUGUUGUAUCUGUGUAUGUGUAUGUAUGUAUGUAUGUAUGUCUGUAUGUAUAUGUAUGCGUAUGCGCGCGUACGACGCGUCCACGCGCACAUAUCAUAUCCCUACGUUUACUUUUGUUUAUUUACGAUACGAUGGAUUAACGCCGUCGUAUCGUAAACAAAUAAAUGCAAACGUACGGAUCGUGUGGGACUUAGUCGCCACGUGUAGUCCAACCCGCCCUUAAGUCGGUCCAGUUUUCUCGGUCAUAUUUAGCAUCUAACUGAAAUCAAACGGAACGCAGACGUUUCAAUAGAAAUUAUAAUUAAAAAAAAAAAAAAAAAAUAA